AUGAUGGCCUCCAACCUACUGUCUAGGCUUCUUCCUUCUGCCUCGGACGAAACAUACGAACGCGAAUCCUUGACCGCCCACGACCGCCGCGACUCUACCUCGACCGAGGAGCGACACGAGAUGGACAUAGACGAGGAGAACUUUGAGGCUCGCUUUGAGGAGCAAGACCUCGCACACCUACUCGAGGAAGCAUCGUCAAGCCAGAUGACGACUGAGAGUCGUGCCGUCUCCCCGGAGGCCCAACGCAGCGCUCCACCCGGCAUCAACACAGCGAGCCGCACGCCAGCUUGGAGACAGCCAGCCCCAGCCCGCACCGCACCCUUGGAUGACGAUGACGAUGUACCACAGUCGUUGCUUCUCGAAGGAGGACACGAACCUGGGCCAAGUUCGGCGCAGCGCAACGAAGGCCUCCCUAUGCCAGUGCCAGGCCCGGCCACGCGACAGACACGGGCACAGUGGAAUGCUACCAGGACCCAGCAGCGGCUGCAUGAUGAUGAUAGGAGCGGUGCAUCUUCAAGGCCGUGGGGACAUACCAGCAGGCCUGGGCAUUUCGUCGCCGAUCGGAAGGAGAAGGCCUUGUGGCUGUGGGUGAAUCAGACGGAUUUGGACAACUACAUGACCGAGGUCUACGAGUACUACGUCGGCUGCGGAAUAUAUUCCAUCCUUCUGAGACGAGCUCUAACGCUCGCGCAAACUGCCUUUGUAGUCGGCUUCAUGACUUUUCUUGGCUGGUGCAUCGACUACUCCAAGUUGUCAGAAAGCAACAAGAUGAGCCAGGUCCUGGUGCCCAAGUGUGCUGCGAGCAUCCAUGGGUUUUGGAUAUUCGCCCUCUGGCUCUUCCUCAUCUACUGGCUCUACUCUUUCUACACCUUAAUCACCGAUAUACCUCGCCUGCGGGCCAUGCACGACUUCUACCAUUAUCUACUCGACAUCCCCGACCGCGACAUACAAACAAUACAGUGGCAGCAGGUGGUGACACGCAUCAUGGCGUUGCGGGACCUGAACUUGGCGACCGCCUCAAAUCUGUCUCCACAGACGCGCAAGUUGCUCGAUUCGAAAAGCAGGCAGCGGUUAGACGCUAUCGACAUCGCAGGUCGUCUCAUGCGUCGUGAAAACUAUCUGAUCGCCCUCUUCAACAAGGAGAUACUGGACGUCACUGUUCCUCUUCCCUUCUUUGGCAACCGACAUAUCUUCUCAGAGACGACCAGAUGGCACGUCAACCUCGCCAUUAUGGACUUUGUUUUUAGCGGACCGAACGGCCAAUUCAACCCUGACUUCCUGAAGGAGCGCAACCGUCGAGAGCUCGUAAAGAGGUUAAAGACCCGCUUCUUCUGGACUGGCAUCAUCAGUAUCCUAUGCGCACCUUUCGCUGUGGUAUUCGUGCUUGCAUCAUACAUGUUCAAGUACUUCACUGAGUACCACAAGGAUCCUGGCCAACUCAGCAACCGCGACUUUACCACUUUUGCUCAGUGGAAGUUCCGCGAAUUCAAUGAGCUUCCUCAUUACUUCGCCCGUCGUCGUAAUAUGGCCUAUCCGUACGCAAACCUCUACCUCGCCCAGUUUCCCAAAGACAAAACCGAACAGGUUUCCUCGUUUGUCGCAUUUAUCGCGGGAGCAUUCGCAUUUGUCCUUGUGGUGUUCACGCUCCUCGAUUCGGAGUUGUUUCUCAACUUUGAGAUUACACCCGGCAAGACUGCUAUCUUCUGGAUCGGUAUUCUUAGUACGAUAUACCGUGUCGCACGUGGAAGCAGCCCUCAGGACGAUCAAGUCACCGAUCCGUCCUUUUACCUCAACCACGUCAUCUACCACACGCGCUACGAACCAGAGUCGUGGCGUGAUAGGCUACACACGGACGAAGUUCGCGCCGAAUUCGCUCAACUGUACCAGCCUAAGAUUCUCAUCUUCGCUGAAGAGAUACUGAGCAUGGUCAUCACACCUUUCCUACUCAUCUUCCGGUUGCCUCAAUGCAGCGACCGCAUCGUUGACUUCUUCCGUGAGUUCUCGAUUGUAGUCGAUGGCCUGGGUGUGACAUGUUCGUACUCCAUGUUUCCCUCUACAAAGACCACACGCAACGCCAAUAACAUCCCGGCAAACGGAUCUGCUGCCCCAAGAGAAGAUCCUGAUCUUCGAGAAGACUACUUCAUGGCCAAAGACAACAAGAUGAUGGCAUCGUACUAUGGUUUUUUGGACACGUACCAGAACCCUGGACGUGGCUACAACGGUCGUCUUCAAGGACGAGGCCAAUUCAACCCUCCACCACAGUUCCCAAACAACUUUGGCUCCAUGUCGCAGACUGCUCAGCCAGUGGAGAUGGGUGCAAGAGGAACGAGCAGAGGACCAACCGGACGACAGAACCCUCAGCAGAGGACACCGAGACAUAGGCCGGGUACUAGGGAUGAGCCCAUGAACUCUGUCCUCCUUGAUCCUCAUCAUCAACCCUCUUCUGCAUCGAUAUUACGCGGUUCGCCACGUCAAGCGCCACACAGCAGAUAUCGAACGCCGCUGCAAGCAGUCCCGGAUGCACCAGGCCCAUCGAAUACGCGGAUCGAAGAAGAGAGUACACUCGGCGACUCAUGGCGAACAAGUCGUCUUGCACAGGAUGACGAUGACGAGGAGGAAGAAGUACCAGGCAACAACCGCGGAGGUGUUCUGCAGCUCUUGCAGCAGUUUUCUCGUGCGCAGGCUGAAGGACGAGGCGCUGGUGUUGGUGUUUAA